AUGGCAUCUCAUCGAGUGGAGUUGCCUUGCAAAGCCUCUGGGCACCCUGCACCCAAAUACCGCUGGCUAAAGGACAACCGGCCACUGGAGCCCGACACACGCUUCAGGCAGAGUGUGACAGGCCUGCUGAUAGAGAAAGCCCAGCCCAGUGACACGGGGACGUAUGUGUGUGAGGUGUGGAAUGGCUAUGGCAAUGCUGAGGUGGUUGGCAGGCUGCUGGUAAAAGAGCCCCUGAAGGUUGUGGUGAGCCCACGGAAAGUGAAGGGCAGCGUGGGAAGCCAGGUUUCACUCUCCUGCAGCGUUACCGGCUCCGAGGAGUACCAGUUGUCCUGGUACCGCAAUGGAGAGCUCAUCUACCCAAGUAACAGUGUCCGCAUGACAGGUCAGAACAGGGAGAACCUGGUCAUGGCUGGUAUGGCCAAGAGUGAUGGAGGAGCCUAUCAGUGUUUUGCCAGACAUGGCAAGAUGUCGGCCCAGGACUUUGUUCAAGUCAUACUGGAAGAUGGCACACCCAAGAUUCUGGCUUCAUUCAGUGAGAAGGUCUACAACAUCAACGAGUUUGUGUCACUGUCAUGCACGGUAAAGGGCACGCCGGAGCCCCGGGUAAUGUGGACUCUGGAUGACGAGCCCGUGGUACGGGACAGCCGCCACCGUAUCUCCCACUACACCAAUGCUGAAGGGCAUGUGGUCAGCCACCUCAAUAUUAGCCAGACCCAGGUGCCCGAUGGAGGGGUGUAUCGCUGCAUCUGCAACAACUCAGCUGGGACAGUUUCCUACCAGGCGCGAAUAAACGUAAGAGGGCCUGCCAGCAUCAGACCAAUGAAAAACCUCACUGCCAUCGCUGGGUGGGACAUGUACAUCCACUGCCGUGUCAUUGGUUACCCAUACUACUCCAUCAAGUGGUACAAAGACUCCAAUUUGCUGCCGUACAACCACCGACAGCGGGCCUUCGAGAACAAUGGCACCCUGAAACUGUUUGAUGUGCAGAAGGAUGUGGAUGAAGGAGAAUAUACAUGCAAUGUGCUGGUGCAACCUCAGCUCUCCACACACCAGAGUGUCUAUGUUACUGUGAAAGUCCCACCUACCAUCCACCCUUUUGAGUUCCCUCGGUUUUCCAUUGGCCAGAGAGUUUUUGUCCCCUGUGUGGUCAUGUCUGGUGACCAACCCGUCUUCAUCACCUGGCAAAAAGACGGUCGGCCAAUUCCAGCCAGCUUGGGUGUCACCAUAGACAACAUAGACUUUACCAGCUCUCUGCGCAUCUCCAAUCUCACAUUGAUGCACAACGGUAACUACACUUGCAUUGCACGCAACCAGGCUGCCGCCGUGGAGCACCAGAGUCAGCUGAUUGUCCGAGUUCCCCCCAAAUUUGUGGUACAACCUAAGGAUCAGGAUGGCAUUUAUGGAAAGGCAGUGAUACUAAACUGCUCAGCAGAAGGCUAUCCUGUUCCUACCAUUCAGUGGGAGUACUCUAAAGGUGCCGGGGUCCCUCAGUUCAAACCCAUUGCCCUCAACUCAGGCUUUCGGAUCGAGGUGCUGGUCAAUGGCUCUCUGCUCAUCAAGCAUGUGCUGGAAGAAGACAGUGGCUUCUAUCUGUGUAGAGUCAGCAAUGAUGUUGGAGCUGAUGUCAGCAAGUCCAUGUAUCUCAAUGUCAAAAUCCCUGCCAUGAUCACGUCUUACCCCAACACCACAUUGGCCACGCAGGGUGAAGAGAAGAAAAUGAGUUGCACAGCCCACGGUGAGAGGCCCAUCAUGGUGCGCUGGGAGAAGGAGGAACGCAUCAUCAACCCAGAAACCAGCCGCUAUGUGGUUUCUGUUAAGGAGGUGGGCGAUGAAGUCAUCUCCACCCUGCAGAUCAUGCCAACAGUGAGGGAGGACUCUGGCUUCUUCUCCUGCCACGCCAUCAACUCUUUUGGUGAAGACAGAGGAAUCAUACAGCUCACAGUCCAAGAGCCCCCAGACCCCCCAGAGGUGGAGAUCAGAGAAGUGAAGGACAGGACCAUUGCCUUGCGUUGGACUAUGGGUUUUGAUGGCAACAGCCCAAUCACAGGCUUUGAUAUUGAGAGCAAGAACAAAUCAGCCUCCUGGGAUACUGCUCAGAAGACCAAAGAUGUUUCACCUCAGCUCAACCAGGCCACCAUCAUUGACCUCCACCCCUCCUCCACCUACAACAUUCGCAUGUUUGCCAAGAACUUGAUUGGCAAGAGUGAGGCCAGCAAUGAGCUCACCAUCACCACUGAUGAAGCAGCUCCUGAUGGACCCCCUCAGGAAGUUCAGCUGGAAGCCAUCUCCUCUCAGAUCAUUCGAGUCACUUGGCGGGCACCCAAGAAACACCUCCAGAACGGGGCCAUCCGAGGCUACCAGGUGGGCUACCGAGAGUACAGCUCCGGUGGAAACUACCAGUUCAGCGUGAUCAGUGUGGAAACCACAGGAGAUAAUGCAGAAAGCCUUGUGCUAGACAACCUAAAGAAGUUCACCCAGUAUGGAGUCGUGGUGCAAGCGAGCAACAGUGCCGGGACAGGGCCCUCUUCCACAGAGGUAGCUGCUACCACACUGGAGGAUGUGCCAAGUCGUCCUCCGGAGAACGUCCAGGCCACAGCCACGUCUCCAGAGGUCAUCUCUCUGUCCUGGCUGAUCCCACCCAAAGACGCUCUGAAUGGCAACCUGCUGGGCUUCAGGGUCAUCUACUGGGCCAACCUGCCUGAUGGAGAGCUUGGAGAGAUCAGGAACGUGACAACCUCUAAGCCCUCUCUGGAGCUGGAUGGACUGGAGAAGUACACCAACUACAGCAUCCAAGUGUUGGCCUUCACCAGAGCUGGAGAUGGUGUUCGCAGUGAACAGAUUUACACACGUACCAAGGAAGAUGUUCCUGGCCCUCCAGCAGGUGUGAAGGCAGCUGCUGCAUCCAACUCAGUGGUGUUUGGGUCCUGGCUUCCUCCUCUCAAAGUGAAUGGCAUCAUCAGGAAAUACACAGUUUUCUGCUCCAACCCACACCCCACGGUGAGCAGUGAGUUUGAGGCGGCCCCAGAUGUGUUCUUCUAUCGCAUCCCUAACCUGAGCAGGAACCGGCAGUACAGUAUCUGGGUGGUGGCUGUCACUGCUGCAGGCCGUGGAAACGCCAGUGAAAUCAUCACCAUCACACCCAUGGCUGAGGCGCCGGCUCGGAUUCUGACCUUCAACAGGACGGUAACCACCCCCUGGAUGAGGGACAUUGUGCUGCCUUGGGCAGUGGGAGAUCCAUCCCCAACCAUCAAGUGGCUGAAGGAGAUCAAUGGCACUCCAGCACCUGUUGUGAUUGACAAUCGGCGCAGCGUCCAUAGUAAUGGCAGCCUUGUUAUCCGUACAGUGAAAGCAGAGGAUUCUGGGAACUACACAUGUGUGGCCAGUAACAGUUUUGGGUCUGACAAGAUCAUCCUCAACCUGCAGGUUCAAGUUCCACCAGACCAGCCUCGUCUCACAGUGACCAAGACAACCACCACCUCUAUAACCCUCUCCUGGAUCCCAGGAGACAAUGGAGGCAGCUCCAUAAGAGGUCAGCACAUACUACACUGUAUUUUUUGUCCUAGCGAACUCUCCUAUCGGCUGGAAAAUCUCAAGUGUGGCACCUGGUAUAAAUUUACCCUCACUGCCCAGAAUGCAGUGGGGCCCGGACGCAUCAGUGAGAUCAUUGAAGCAAAGACUCAUGGGAAAGAACCUCAGUACUCUAAAGAGCAGGAGCUCUUCACUAGCAUCAACGUCACCCGUGUCAAGUUAAACCUGAAUGGCUGGAAUAACGGUGGAUGCCCCAUCACCUCUUUCACCCUGGAGUAUCGCUCCGUAGACUCUCCCACGUGGACCACAGUGCAGCGCACCUCCCUCACCAAGAGUUACAUCCUCUACGACCUGCAAGAGGCCACAUGGUACGAGCUGCAGAUGAAGGUCUACAACAGCGCUGGAUAUGCUGAGAAGAGAGUCAAGUUUGCAACACUCAGCUAUGAUGGCAGUACCAUCGCACCUUUGGUAAAAGCACCCAAUGUGAGUGAGAUCAACCCCGGGGGAGGAGAAGGUUUGAAAAUGAUGGUGACCAUUUCUUGUGUGUUGGUGGGCAUCGUUGUAAUCUUCAUUGGGCUGCUGGUGCUGAGGAGGAGGAGGAGGGAGCAGAGGCUCAAGCGACUGCGUGAUGCAAAAAGUUUGGCUGAGAUGCUCAUGAGUAAAAACACACGUCCAGCAGAGUCAAUUAACAAACAGCAACAGACUCUCCGCAUGCACAUCGAUAUCCCCCGAGCCCAACUUCUGAUUGAGGAGAGAGACACCAUGGAGACUGUUGACGACAGGUCCACUGUGCUACUGACUGAUAAUGACUUCGGGGAGACCCAGAAACAGAAGUCGUCAACAGUCACCCACACUGUCCACUACCAGUCCCUGUCCCAGGCCACUGGUCCACUGGUAGAUGUAUCUGAUGCCAGACCAGGAACCAACCCUACAGCCCGCCGCACAGCCAAAGCCGGCCCAGCAGCUCGCAACCGCUAUGCCAGCCAGUGGACUUUGAACCGGCCCCACCCCCCUGUCUCCUCCCACACUCUCAGCACUGACUGGAGGUUGCCUACCCCCAGAGUCGCAGGCUCUGUUGACAAGGAGAGUGACAGCUACAGCGUCAGCCCAUCUCAGGACACAGACCGAGCACGAAGCAGUAUGGUGUCAACAGAGAGCGCCUCCUCCACCUAUGAGGAGCUCGCCAGAGCCUAUGAGCACGCCAAGAUGGAGGAGCAGCUGCGCCAUGCCAAAUUCACCAUCACCGAAUGCUUCAUCUCUGACACUUCCUCAGAGCAGAUGACAGCAGGCACCAAUGACUACACCGACAGCCUGACCUCCAGUACACCAUCUGAAUCAGGCAUCUGCCGCUUCACCGCUUCCCCGCCCAAGCCUCAGGAUGUCAGCCGGGUCAUGAACAUGGCCGUACCCAAGGCCCACAGACCGGGGGGUGAGUUGGUUCAUCUCCCUCCGUACCUGCGCAUGGACUUCCUGUUGAACCGUGGCAUGUCCUGCUCGGGGUCAUCCAGGGGGGACAGCUAGCGGGGAGAGAGCUGCCAUGGGCCAGGCAUGUCUGGGACCCCAGAAGAGCCGUUCACUAAAGCGGCCCUCUCGCAUGGCGCCCCC